AUGUCUUCCAUACUGGAUGUUGACGACGGGAUUCGUGAAACUUGUUUAUGGGCAAUAGUAAAUAAUGCUGGAGUGCCAGGGACUGUCGGUCCGAUAGAAUGGCUGUCGGCGUCAGAGUUUAGAAGGACCAUUGAAAUAAACUUGUUCGGAGUUAUAUUUGUUACAAAGGAGUUUCUGCCAUUAGUAAGGAAGGAAAAGGGUGGGAGGAUUGUGAAUAUGUCUAGCAUAUGUGGCCGUUUUGCUAUAGCUACUGGGCCGUAUUGUGCGUCUAAAUUCGGAGUUGAAGGAUUUUCGGACCAGUUAAGACGGGAGCUUUACAGAACAGGAAUCAGUGUACAUCUGAUAGAACCAGGUUAUUUCGACACAGGCAUCGUUGAGGAAGAUACAAUACAAGAUGGUUUAAAUGCCACGUUUGAGCAAGCCCCGAAAGAAGUUCAGAAAUAUUACGGUGAAGCUUAUAAAAAUGAAAUGAUAAACAAUCAUUGUAAGGUACUAAAUACUGUGAUGUCGCCAAAAGUAGAGAAGGUAGUAGAUGCCUAUGAACAUGCAAUCACAUCAAGGUUUCCUAAAGUAAGGUAUGUGGUGGGCUGGGAUGCAAAUAUUCCUUUUCGUAUAUUAUGGAAUUUUCCAGAAUGGAUUACAGACUUCAUUCUAUCCAGAACGAUGUGUACACCAGAGGGAGCGAAAAAUUGAUUUUUGAAGCAACUAUUAUAUAUUGUAUAAAUUGCAUAUUUUAAAUCAGUCCGUUAUAUUCAUGUUAUUAGUAUAAAAUAAAUUGGUAGAAUUGUUAGACAUAAUUCGUGUGAUAUCAGUGAACUCUUUGCAUCUGAAGUGAUGACUUUUGCUAUAUAAUUUUUUUUCAGGGGUUUAUAUAGACUUAUAUCUAUGAAUUAUCUCCGCAUCAUUGGGGCAUUGUGUUUAUUCCAAGUAAAGAUGUCUUUAAAUUUGAAAUUUUGCAUGCUUAUCAAAUUAAUUAUUUUAUGUCAAUGGAACGAUAUUCAGUCCGAUGGCCAUAACAUAUCAAAUAUAAACAAAUUUAUAUAAACAUGUCAAUGUUUCUCCAUGGUGUAAUCCUUAGUUAAUGUAGGCAAGAGGGCCAGACUAUGAAAGAGUUGACUUGUAUUGUGUCUCCUCCAUUGUGGGUUAUAUAGCGGUGUAUUCGUAGAAAUAUAGAGAGGAUAAUCAAGUUUUUUUCUCUAAAUACAGGAUUUAUUUUCAUCGAGUGGUAAGAAAAUAAAUAUUUCAUGAGUGGCGGUAACUAUGAGUGAAAUAUGAUAAUUGUCAUACCACAAGAUGAAAAUAUAUCCUGUAUUUAUAGAAAAAAAACUUGAAUUUUCUGUUUAUUAUAUACAUUUUGACAUAACAAUUUGAAAGAUUUUCCAUUAAAUUAUGUGUACUGGAAGAAUUUAGAAGAAAGUAGUCUGGCAUGACACCAGUGAAAAUACGGAAAAUAUAUUUCACUGCAGUGAAAAAUUAAUUUUUACAGUGAAAGUACGGAAUAUGAAAAUACGCAUUUUAUUUCAUCAAUAUUUCUCAAUAUUUCAUUUAAAAGUAUAUAAUAAAUUGCCAUAUUGUACAGUUCAAUGUUAGGUAACAUGUAAUUACAACAUAUUUAAUUAAA